AUGGAUUCAGACUCCAAAACUGGUUCAUCUUCUUCAGCUGCUUCUUCCUCGGUUGAUCCCGGCACCGAUGAAGCUUCUCAGGCGUAUCGAAUACUAUACCAAGCUUGCCCUUACAUAAAGCUCGCUCACUUUGCAGCCAACCAGGCCAUCCUUGAAGUAACCGAAGCAGAAGAGAAGAUUCAUGUCCUCGAUCUUGACAUCCGCCAUGGGUGGCAGUGGCCUGAACUCAUCCGAGCCAUGGCCGCUCGUCGAACUGGCCAGCCAAAGCUUCUCCGGAUUACAGCAAUUGGGUUUGGGAGCCCUAUAAAUGGGGUAAAAUGUUGCUUGGAAGAAGCAGCGAGAGAAGCAAGAAUUCCAUUCGAAUUCCACGCAAUUGAGGCCAACCUCGGCGACCUAAAUCCAAGCAUCUUCCAUGGCGACGAAGCCCUGGCUGUGAAUCUAGUGAAUUGGCCAUACUGCAGUGAUAUUGGGAAGCUAUUGCCAUUGAUAAGAGAGCAAGCUCCUAAGAUCGUAACCCUAACGGAGAAAGAGACGGGCGGCGACGGAAACUUUCCAAAAUUCUUGGGCGAGUUCACGGGGCUGCUUAGCCACUACACGAUGAUCUUCGAGUCAUUAGAGGAGGUUUUUUCGGGCGUGCCGGAGGCGAGAAGGAAGGUGGAGCAGAUCUUUGGGGCGGAGAUAAGGAAGGCGGUGGCAUACGGGGAAUUCAAAGCAGCAGAAAGCAGAAAUGAAGAGAUUGAAAGGGGAAUAUUAUUGGAUGUGGACGAAAGGAUGACGGUAAUGGAGGAAAAGGGUUUUCUGAGAGUGGCUCUGGGGAGUGGAAGGAUGAUAGAAGAGUUGCAGAGGUUGGUGAUGAGUGGGUAUGGUUGCAGUAGCUACACAUUGAGGCAGCGCAAAGGAAGCUUGCUCCUGGGUUGGCGCGGCACAAACAUCACGGCGACUUCUGCGUGGCGUUGUUGA